CAGACAUUUUUCUUUCUGGGGGCACUUUUGAUGUGGGGGAUACCAAAAAGUACCAAACCAAACCAGCUUUCCUCUUCCUCCUCUCCCUCACUGUUUCCAUCAUGUCCUGUGCUCUCUUUCUUCCUCUCUUCUCUCCUCACUUCUCAGAGCUUGGACGGUCAAACAGUCAUCCCCUCUGAAUCCACCGGACCCUUCAUUUCUAGGUCUGGGUCUGAGCUGUUUCUCUCAAAGAAGGGAUUUUUUCUUCGAUUCAGGGGAAACUGGAGCGAGGGUUUUUCUUUUUAGGGAUUUUGGAAUGUGGGAUUUGCAGUUCUUGGCCUGAUUUUGGGGGGAGAGUGGGAUUUACUAGAGAAGUUGUACUGGGGGCGGAUGGGUAGAGUUGGGAUUUCGGAGGGCUUUGAUGAUAUCUGAGUUUGAUUUUAGGGUUAUUUGAAGAUGGGAUUGAGGGGUGAUGAUGCAAAGGUGGAGAGGGUGAAGGCUUGGGAUUUGGAGAAAUCGAAGAGUGACAGAGAGUCAGAUUCUGGAGAGCUGAGUUCGUGUUGGAUUAAGUUCAGGUUCUUUGCUUGUUGCAUUUCUUCAAGUUCAAGAUCUAAGGUUGAUACCUCCAUCAGUGGCAUCAGUACUAACUGCGAAAGUAAAUGCGCGAAUGAUACGAGUGUGGGAACAAGUGUAGAACAGCCUGCUGCUCCAAUAAUUUCUUCCAGUGCUACAAGUGUUGCAGAAAGCAGUUCAUCUACCGCCAAACUAGAAGAGGAGCUCAAAAUAUCUUCCCGGCUUAGGAAGUUCACGUUUAAUGACCUGAAGUUGGCCACAAGAAACUUUAGACCAGAGUCCCUUCUUGGGGAAGGAGGCUUUGGCUGUGUGUUCAAGGGGUGGAUUGAGGAAAAUGGAACAGCACCGGUCAAACCAGGGACAGGACUUACUGUAGCUGUGAAGACUUUAAAUCAUGAUGGGCUUCAGGGUCACAAAGAGUGGCUGGCUGAAGUGAAUUUUCUUGGCGACCUUAUUCAUGCAAAUUUGGUGAAACUGGUCGGUUACUGCAUUGAAGAUGACCAGAGGCUUCUAGUUUAUGAAUUCAUGCCGAGAGGAAGCUUGGAAAACCACCUAUUCAGGAGGUCCCUACCCCUUCCAUGGUCUGUCAGAAUGAAAAUUGCUCUAGGUGCUGCCAAAGGGCUCACUUUUCUCCAUGAGGAAGCACAAAGGCCUGUCAUAUACCGUGAUUUCAAAACAUCCAACAUCCUAUUAGAUGCUGAUUACAAUGCCAAACUAUCUGAUUUUGGACUCGCGAAAGAUGGCCCAGAGGGGGAUAAGACGCAUGUCUCCACUCGUGUUAUGGGAACCUAUGGGUAUGCAGCGCCGGAGUACGUGAUGACAGGACAUUUGACAUCAAAGAGCGACGUCUACAGUUUUGGGGUAGUUCUUCUCGAAAUGAUUACAGGGAGACGAUCAAUGGACAAAAACAGGCCUAACGGGGAACAUAACCUCGUCGAAUGGGCACGGCCACAUCUGUGUGAGAAGAAGAGGUUUUAUCGGCUGAUAGACCCUAGACUUGAAGGGCAUUUCUCCAUAAAAGGUGCCCAAAAAGCCGCGCAACUGGCUGCAAGGUGUCUCAGUAGGGACCCAAAAGCCAGACCCAUGAUGAGCGAAGUGGUUGAAUCCUUGAAGCCCUUACCGAACCUGAAAGACAUGGCCAGCUCCUCUUACUAUUUCCAGACCAUGCAAGCUUCCGAUCGCACCGUGGCUUCCAGCCCAAACGCGAAAAGUGUCAAUAGGGCAGCGCAACAGAAUGUGUUCUCAAAGACUGGACAGCAAAACCAGAGGAGCCUCUCAAUACCAAAUGGCUCCCACCCCUCACCAUAUCGCCAGUUUUCCCUGCAUUCGCCAAAACCAAAUGCCAAAGCAUAGUAUGAUCUCUUGGCCCCAAUUGUCCACGGACACGAGCAAACGGAGGGGGAAAAAAAGACAGGUUUUUAUUUUAUGUUGCGGGUUGAAGCCCCGGCCUCUUGCUUGGAAAAAAGAAUGUAAUUUGAAACAGAGCAGAUAUGGCUAUGGAGUAAAUAUUCAUUUGUGUUUAUACAUGCCCUCUCUCACACUCUCUGCUCACAUUUCAAAUGCUUUCAACUUUGGUGUUCUCUGAUGUGCCUGUAACUCUCUUCUGCAUGCUUUGACACCACUUUUGUUGCCGGGUUAUAGUGAAAUGAAGUAAGGCCAUGUUU